GACUGGGACGGAGCUUGUUGAGAGACCCGCUGAAAAGCUCAAACCCUCCUCACUUCCACGCCUCUCUCCUCCCUUUCCACACUUAGCUCCCCAUGUCUUCUGGAGGAGGAGACCACCAUGGCGUCUACCACCAGCAGCACGGCCACGGCCACGGCCAUCUCGCCCGCGCUGACGGCGCCGAGUACGCGUUCCACGGCAACGACGACAUGGAGAGCUUCUUCUUCAACCAUCCGGCGUCGGCGGGCCUCGACGGAGGAGGCAGCAGGACGACUGGCGCCGACGAGCUCCUGGCGCCGUACUCCAGCAUCACGGACUACCUGCAGGGGCUCCUGGACCCCUCCGGGCUAGCUCGGCACCUCGACGCCCCGCUCAAGCACGAGCUGUCUGUCGACGCGAGCCACGACAGCCAGGGCACCAGCGGCGCGCCCGGCGGUGAAGCGGCGGCGAUGCACACGCCGAACUCGUCGGUGUCUCUCUCGUCGAGCGACCGGGACGGGGAGGGCCAGCAGCCUCGUCGGUGCAAGAAGGGCAGGACCAACAAGGCGGAGGACGCGGAGGGGGAUGAGAAAGAUCAGCAGGAUGGGGAGAAUUCCACCAAAGCGAACAAAUCCAAGAAGAAGGCUGAGAAGAGGCAGAGGCAGCCGCGCGUUGCCUUCCUCACCAAGAGCGAGGUGGAUCACCUUGAGGACGGCUAUCGGUGGCGCAAAUACGGCCAGAAGGCGGUCAAGAACAGUCCUUACCCAAGGAGCUACUACCGGUGCACUACGCCCAAGUGCGGCGUGAAGAAGCGCGUGGAGCGGUCGUACCAGGACCCGUCGACGGUGAUCACGACGUACGAGGGGCAGCACACGCACCACAGCCCCGCCAGCCUGCGCGCCGGCGGCGCGCACCUCUUCAUGUCCAGCGCGCACGCGCUGCCGCCGCACCUGACCAUGCCGUCGUCCAGCUUUCGCCCGGACCUGAACCUGAUGAGCAUGAUGCACCCCGCCAUGGUGGGCGCGAACCCUAACAUGUUCCUGCCAAGUAUGCCUCCUCCUCCUCAUAUGUCAACGCCAUCUCCUGCUCCUGAUCCUCCUCUUCAGCAGCACCACUUCACUGACUACGCCCUCUUGCAAGAUCUCUUCCCUUCCACAAUGCCCAAUAACCCGUAAUAACUAACUGCUACGAACAGCUAGCUAGCCUAGAUCGACAUGAGAGAUGCUGUCGUCGGAAUACUGCGCGCCAAAUGUGAUCACCUGAUGACCUCGUGCUUGUGCGUGUGCUUGGUCUAAUGGAGAGGGGAACAGUUAUUAUUCAUUAGUCUGCUUCAUCUUAAACUUCUGCCUGCACCUCUUCCUCUUCCAUUUGUCAACUCGAUCAUAUCUCCGCUGCGCGGGAUGGAUGGGGAGGUACUAGAGAUGGAAGUACUUUAUAACUAUCACUAGAACGGCAACGCAAUUUAUGUAUGCGUAUGCCUCUAGACUUCUUGUACAUGCAUGUACUAGUGUAUAUCAUGUGUUCCUCAUUGACUCAUUUGGAGGAAAAAAUGAAAGAGUAUUCUAUUUCUCCA